UAAUUACGGUGGAGUCUCUGUAGACGGUCAGGGGCUUCUGUGUGCGGUGUUGGGAGCGAGGAGACAGGCUAAGAGGCGCAAGAGGAGGCUCUGUGCGCACUGAACCGGGGCGGUUUUGAGGGUCAGGGACAGACCCUUGCAGUGUACGUGCAGAGUGGGACCCGGUCGGUCGACUGUCGCCACUCCUUUCCGUCCAGAAGUUCCGAUGGUGGCGCCUGCGCUGAGGGACCAGGCUCAGGGCAGUGUGACCUUUGAGGAUGUUGCCGUGUACUUCUCCUGGGAGGAAUGGUGUCUUCUUGAUGAGGUUCAGAUACACCUGUACCUUGAUGUCAUGCUGGAGAACUUUGCACUUGUAUGCAUGCUGGGUUCUUGGCACCAGGUCGAGGAUGAAGAGACACCUUCUGAACAGAGCGUAUCUGCAGGAGUGUCACAGAUCAGGACUUCCAGCGCAGGUUCAUCUCCUGAGAAGGCCCAGCCCUGUAAGAUGUGCCUCCCAGUCUUGAGAGACAUUUUGCACUUGGCUGAAGAGCAAGGAACAAAUAGAGGGCAGAAAGCAUACACAUGUGGGGCAUGUGGGAAACAGUUCUAUUUCACUGCAAACCUUCAAGAGCACCAGAAGCAGCACAUUAGAGAGAAACCCUUCAGCUGUGAUAUGGGGAGACCCGCAUUUUUCAAAAGCUGCACAAUCCAUGCAACAGGGAAUCUCUCUACCUACAUGGAGAUUGGGAACAACUAUGUGGCCAAAAUUGGACUUCAGAAACAGGUUACUAAUACCAGGAAGAAACUGAACAACAGUAAGGUGUGUGAAGCUGUUUUUGACAGUGGAAAAUGUCAUCACAGCUGUGGAGAAGGCGACAAAUUCUCCAGCCACACAGAAAUACUUGUUCAGUCUGAGACAGUCCUCACUCGUGAAAGGUUUUGUGAAUGCAGCAACUGUGGGAAAGCCUGCACCCAAAGAAGUAACCAUAGUCAGCACCAGAAGGUUCACACUGGAGAAAGGUCUUAUGAAUGCAGCCAAUGUGGAAAAUUUUUUACCCACAAAUCUAGUUUCCUUACACAUCAGAGAGUUCACAGUGGGGAAAGGCCUUAUGAGUGCAGUGAAUGUGGAAAAUCUUUUACUACUAGGUCUGGCCUCUAUUAUCAUCUGCGAGUUCACACUGGAGAAAGGCCUUAUGAGUGCAAUGAAUGUGGGAAAUCUUUUAGUAAUAGGUCAAUCCUUUGUAAUCAUCAGAGAGUUCACAGUGGAGAAAAGCCUUUUGAGUGCAGUGAAUGUGGGAAAUUCUUUAGCCGAAAUGGACACCUCAGUGCCCAUAAGAAAGUUCAUACUGGAGAAAAGCCUUAUGAAUGCAAUAAAUGUGGAAAAUUUUUUACUGCUAAGACGAGCCUUCAUUACCAUCAGCGAAUUCACAGUGGAGAAAAGCCUUAUGAGUGUAGUCAAUGUGGGAAAUCUUUUACUACUAGCUCUGGUUUCUAUUAUCAUCAGAGAGUUCACAGUGGAGAAAGGCCUUAUGAGUGCAGUGAAUGUGGGAAAUCUUUUACUAGUAGUUCUGGUCUCUAUUAUCAUCAGAGAGUUCACAGUGGAGAAAGGCCUUAUGAGUGCAGUGAAUGUGGGAAAUCUUUUACUACUAGUUCUGCUCUCUAUUAUCAUCAGAGAGUUCACAGUGGAGAAAGGCCUUAUGAGUGCAGUGAAUGUGGGAAGUGUUUUACUGGUAGCUCGAGCCUUAAUCGUCAUCAGAGGGUUCACAGUGGAGAAAGGCCUUAUGAGUGCAUUGCAUGUGGGAAAUGUUUUAGUAUUAUAUCUGAUCUUUAUGUUCAUCAGAGAAUUCACACAGGAGAAAGGCCUUAUAAGUGCAAUGAAUGUGGGAAAUGUUUUACUGAUACGUCAAGCCUUCGUCGUCAUCAGAGAGUUCACACUGGAGAAAGGCCUUAUGAGUGUACUGAAUGUGGGAAAUGCUUUAGCCGAAGACAGCUCCUCUAUAUCCAUAGGAAAAUCCACACUGGAGAAAAGCCUUCAUACACAUGUGGGGCAUGUGGGAAACAGUUCUAUUUCACUGCAAACCUUCAACAGCACCGGAAGCAGCACAUUAGAGAGAAACCUUUCCGAUGUGAUUGCAGCAAAUGUGGGAAAGCCUGCACCAAAAGUUGUAAUCUUAUGCAGCACCAGAGAGUUCACACUGGAGAGAAGCCUUAUGAGGGCAGCGAAUGUGGAAAAUCCUUUAGCCGAAGCCACCACCUCAGUGUGCAUAGGAAGAUCCACACCGGAGAGAAGCCUUAUGCAUGCAAGAAAUGUGCUAAAUCUUUUCUCCAAAGGUCCAGCUUCAUUCAACAUCUGAGAGUUCACACUGGAGAAAAGCAUUAUGAAUGCAGUGAAUGUGGAAAAUCUUUUAGCAAAAAGUCCAAUUUCCUUCAACAUAAGAGAGUUCAUACUGGAGAAAGGCCUUAUGAGUGCAGUGAAUGUGGGAAAUCCUUUAUCCAUAGAUGUCAACUUUUUAUACACCAGAGAGUUCACACAGGAGAAAGGCCUUAUGAGUGCAGUGAAUGUGGGAAAUCCUUUAUUCAUAGAUGUCAACUUCUUAUACACCAGAGAGUUCACACAGGAGAAAGGCCUUAUGAGUGCAGUGAAUGUGGGAAAUCUUUUACAGUUAGGUCUGUCCUGCAAAAUCAUCAGAGAAUUCAUACUGGAGAGAGGCCUUAUGAGUGCAGCCAAUGUGAGAAAUCCUUUAUCCAUAGAUGUCAACUUCUUAUACACCAGAGAGUUCACACAGGAGAAAGACCUUAUGAGUGCAGUGAAUGUGGGAAAUCUUUUACAGCUAGGUCUGCCCUCCAAAAUCAUCAGAGAAUUCAUACUGGAGAGAGGCCUUAUGAAUGCAGCCAAUGUGGGAAAUCCUUUAUCCAUAGAUGUCAACUUCUUAUACACCAGAGAGUUCACACAGGAGAAAGGCCUUAUGAGUGCAGCCAAUGUGGGAAAUCUUUUACAGCUAGGUCUGGCCUCCGAAAUCAUCAGAGAGUUCAUACUGGAGAAAGACCUUAUGAGUGCAGUGAAUGUGGGAAAUUGUUUAUUGUUAUUUCUGGCCUUAUUAAACAUCAGAGAGUUCACACAGGAGAAAGGCCUUAUGAGUGUAAUGAAUGUGGGAAAUCUUUCACUGCGAGAGCUGGCCUCCAAAAUCAUCAGAGAAUUCACACGGGAGAAAGGCCUUAUGAGUGUAAGGAAUGUGGGAAAUCUUUUACUGCGAGAUCUGGCCUCCAAAAUCAUCAGAGAGUUCACACAGGAGAAAGGCCUUAUGAGUGUAUGGAAUGUAGGAAAUCUUUUACUUCUAGGUCUGGCCUCCGAAAUCAUCAGAGUGUUCAUACUGGAGAAAGGCCUUAUGAGUGCAGUGAAUGUGGAAAAUCUUUUAGCCAAAGACAAAUCCUCAGUACCCAUAGGAAAAUCCAUACUGGAGAAAGGCCUCAUGAGUGCAAAGAAUGUGGUAAAUCUUUUAUCCAAAAGUGCAGCUUAAUUCAUCAUCAGAGAGUUCACCGUGGAGAAAACGCCCUAUGAAUGCAGCCGAUAAGGACGCCACUGGGGUUUGGAGGAGUUUGACAUGGUAACAGAAUGGGAGGAACAGGUGCAGUCAUCGUGCAACAGAUGGACAAUUUCUAGAGCGGAAACUCAAGGUGAGAGAAGGGGUGUCAUCUGCUUGUGAACUCCCAGCAAUGGACAGGGAUUUAGGAUACAGUGCUAGGUUGACUGGUUCAGGCCAUGAGGAGUCUGGUCACAGCACUCCACUUUCACUCCCUACCCUGCUUUGGGGACUCAAAGAACACUUUGUCCAUUCGGACACCCUCUUGUCGCCCCCACACAGACACAAAGAGGCCUGCUUAGGACACCCCCUCCUCCCCGCAUGUGACUUGACAGGACUGUCGUUUCACUGGGAACAAAUAUUGAUGGCUUUCCUAUGAAUGAUCCAACUUAUGUACCCGAUAAUGAUCUGGUCCUGCUAACUCCAUACCACAGGUUUUCAGUGGAUGUGGGGCAGCCAAAUUCGAGGAACAGACUCUACCUUGGGAUGUGGAUGUGACCCAGUCCCAGGACAGAGAAGACUAAUCAAUAUAGAAUGCCACAUUAACAGAAGGAAGGAUGAAAAAUAACAUGAUCAUCUCAGUAGACAGAGAAGAAGCAUUUGACAAAAUUCAGCAUCCAUUCAUGAUGAAAACCCAUACAGGUGGGUAUAGAGGGAACAUAUCUCAAUAAAGGCCAUUUAUGACAAACCCACAGCAAACAUCAUACUGGUGGAAAGCUGAAAGGCUUUUUCCUAAAUUCAGGAAGAAGAGAAGGAUGCCCAUUCCCAAAACUUCUAUCUCACAUAGUAUUGGAAGUCCUAGCCCCAGCAAUCAGACAAGCAAAAGCAUCCAAAUUGGAAGGUAAGAGGUAAAACAGUAUUUUCAGAUAACGUGAUACUUUAUAUAGAAAACCCUAGUGUCCACCUCAAAACUUUUAGAACUAAUUAAAGAAUUCAGUAAAGCUAUAGGAUAUAGUACAAAUAUACAGACAUCUGUUGCAUUUCUAUACACUAAUAAUGAACUAUCAGAAAAAGUAAAAAAAUUAAAUUGCUUCAGAUUGCAUCAGAAAGAAUAAAAUACCUAGUAGCAAAUUAACUGAGGGCUUGAAAGACAUAUAUUCAAUAAACUAUAAAACAUUGAUGAAGAUUGAAGAUAAAGAAAUGGAAAGAUAUCCUGUGCUCUUGCAUUGGAAGAAUUAAGAUUGUUACAAUGACAAUACUAUGCAAAGCAAUCGUGAAAUGGACAGAAGACAUAAUGGAGUUAGAAAAACUAUCCGAAGUGAUGCAAAUGAAGAACACACGUCUAUUGUCAUAUGUGUUCAGUGUCUCAAGAAAUAUAGCAGCAAUCUUGUGAGUAAGGCAUAUUCUAGUAAAUGGGAUAUAUUCAUGUCCAAGACAUAAAAAGGAGUCAGUUCUUAUGGAAGGAAUAUUGUAGUUGAUGGAAACUGCACCUAGGUAAUUAGAUUUCAUGGAAUAUUAGAAUGAGAUGUUCCUAUAAAAGGGAGAAAAAGAGCAAGUUACAGUUGAGGAAAAACGGGGGUUUGGGAUGGGUUGAAAGAGUAAAUAGAGUGUCCAGAGUAGGACUUUAGUGAAGGUGGACAGUUGUGGAAAUACUGUGUUAAGGACAGCUUGCUUUCCUCUUUUCCAAUUUUUACAUGUUCAUUUUCUUUACUGUAUUAGAGAGGACCUCUGGCAUAUUAGGGAAUACCAGUGUAAGGCAGUGAACUGCCAUCCUACUGAUCUCAAGCAUCCUAUUUUUUUCCUUUAUAUCUAGUCUUUUCAGUCCAGAACCAUAUAAAGUCGCACAAAUUACAUUUAUUUCUCACCUCUCUUUAAUGUCCAUUCUGACACAAUCUCUCUGAUUCCUUCAAGUUGUUUUCCCUUGGUAUCUUUUACACAAUACAUGACAAUUUGUAAAAUUUCCCUCACUUGGUAUACAGUAAGAUAUCCUUAUAAAUAGAUUCAGAUUAUGUGGUUUAUUGUUUUUAUUGUUGCUGUUUUGCUCCCAUCCAAGAUAAUACAAAAGUGCUGCCUUGUCCUUUUCAGUGUACCAUAUCAGGAAACAAGAUGUCUGUUUUCCAGUAUUGGCAGUGUUUCCUUUGAUCACUUCUUUAUGGUGAUAUGCUUUGGAUUUUUUUCCUAUUACUCUGAGAGGCUGAAGAAGGGGUGUAGCAAGACACUGUGAUCAUCUAUUUGUUUCUAAAUCUCUCUGGCUUCUGUGUGGAGAGUGAACUUAGGAGGGAAGAACUGAUGUAGGAGAGAGGACAGAAUCCUUUGUUUAGUUGGGAGCCCUUUGAUGAUGGACCAGCCCAGGAUGGUGGCAUUGGAGAUGGUGAGGACAGGAUGACCUGGGACACAUUAGGAGGCAGAGUUGGCAGGACGUGUGCAUAAUUGAGAUGAUGGGGUGAGUCCCAGAGAAUGAUUUUUUUCCCUUCAGUCCUCAAGAGUGAGCCAUUACAUUUGUGGGCCUGAGAGGCUUACCUUGUUUUCUUAAAUUUCUGAAUCAGCUGUCAGCUAUGUUGAGUAACUGCAGCCAAAGUUUCCAAUACCUGGGACAAAAAAUCGGCAGGAUUGCUCCCUGACAGUUAUUUGGGUAGAUGAGUUUUGUGUGGCCUUGCUUUCCUUGGGCCUGCCAGGGUUAGAUGAGGCUGGAUAGGAAGACUUGUGUGGUGGUGGUGUGUAUCUGUAAUAUCUGUAGCUGUAUGUGUUUGAGCCUGCCAGGGAACAUUAGCUAUUCUUUGAAUAGAAAUUCAAAACUUGCCCUCGAACUUCACUUGAUGAAAAUUAAAUCCCUUGUUAAGGAAGUUUAGGGUCAUCCAAAAGUACUGACAGCUACUUUGAAUAUUUAUUUCAAGCCAUUUAAUGUAAUUGUUGAUAUAUUUGGGUUGAAAUAUAUCCUUUUAUUUUGUGUAUUUCUUACCUUGCCCUUUGUUCUUUAUCUUGGCCUUUAAAAAAUUUUUAACCCUCUA